AUGAUGGCGUGGCAAGAAGAGCCCGACUGCCACCACCGCAACGACGAGUGGCCAGGCACGGAGCUCCUGAAUCCCGUCAGCUUUUUCGCUUCCGACGGCAGUGACGAACGCGCUCAACGCGGCGCUUCCAACUUUGCGACUGUCAGUCACGACGCCAGUCAAGCGGGACUGACGUACUCGGCGUCCUGUCCCUCUCUCUCGGAGCUGGACGACGUGGAUGUUCUCAUGGGAGGGACAACAAAUGGUGGCCAGAGUCUCGUGUCGUACCCAUUUGGGGCACAGGAAUCACCGCUUGUGGACGGGAUACUGGACGCUCCGUCGUUUGCUGGGGACAAGAGCUUGGAGAUGCUCCUGCAGUUCCAACAGGAGUACCAGAACGUGUCGCAGCGUCAGUAUCCACAUCAACAAGCGAUGAUGGGCCACCAACCGAUGGAUCUGAGGCCGCAGGCUCGAGGAGGACGGCGUGGCAUUCACAGCUCCCAGUCGUUCACGAGCUUAUCCAGUAUGGAGGCUGAUUACAAUCGCAUCCACGCUCAUCGAAAGCAGAAGAAAGCAAGUGAGCGGUGGAUAAAGCUGCAACGUCACAAGUCGUUCGACUCGACGGUGCCUAUCACAGAGCCAAUGGACUUUGACCCCAGUGCGUUUGUCGGAGGGACCUCAAUGAGUUCGUCCAGGUUAACUCCGGACCAGCUUUUGCAAGAGCCGGUGGACGACGACAUGGUCGGGUAUGAUGUAGACGACGCCUCAUCCCCGAUGCCUUCGGAUGACCCGAACUGGCCUCCGCUUGCUUAUGCGUCCACGACCAGCUAUAGUGGGGAUGAUUAUAUGCAACAGACGCCACACAAGCACCUCCAGCAACAGCAGCAGCACGAUGAGUUGCAGAUCCUCAGUGACGCUGGUGUUGAUUUUUCCUCGUCGGCAAAUGUUGAACCUGUGUCGGAGCUGGACAUACUGCUGUCCGAUCACGAGCGCUCAACCCUUUUUGAUGCUAUCCGGGACUUCGACUUGCCGUGCGGGUUGAAGUCGGUUGAUGUGCAGCUCUUUCCAGAACAAGCUCAAAGCCCUACACAAACACAAACGGCGAUUGACACGAAGGAGGUCUCCGAUGCACUUUCAGCUGGCGCAACAGAGACGACAGGCAGUCCCUCAUUGUCCCUUGAUGAACGGACGAAAAGCACGGAUGAGGCGUCAGGACUAGUCUCGCUCGAUUCAACUUCCUCGACACCUCCAGCACGACUGCCUCCUUCUGGUUCUAUCCCGAUGCGCACGCGCCUGCAUCAGAUUCUGGUGCUUUCUGUGCAAAACACGGAUGCUACAUCGUCGCUGUCGUCGUACGAGCGAAACUACUUGACGCAAUCGUCGUUAUUUUUGCCAGCGAAGGCGCCCGAGACAGCAGGGUCCCUGUGGUUAUUACUGCACGCCGCACAGUGCGAGGCCGAGUGUGAGAUUGCAGACUGUGGCGUCAUGCGCCGUGUGCUGAAUCAUUGUCUGGGGUGCGAGCUGAUGGUCGGCAAGUGCAAGCAGCCCUGUAAUGACGCGAAGGCUAUGCUCCUCCACUACGGUUCGUGCAACAGCAAGGGAAGCAUGCACGGACGGUCCUGUUCCGUGUGUUGGAACCUGCUGGAGAUUGACUAUUCCCACCAAGCGCUGAGUAACGGCAACAGCGGAGACCACUGCAAUAGUCACUCUCCAAGCUGCCCGCCGUUGUCGUUCGCAUCUUCAUCGACUUGUCCGCCAUUGUGCACGCCACCAAGUGUACCCAUUCCCAGCAGUGCUCCUGUGGACGACCGCUCACCCGCGUAUCGUUCGUCACCUGGACGCUCAACAAAGAGUCUUGGUACCUCCAAGCACGUGCGUAUCCAGCCGAAUCCGCUUCCAACGGCCUCCAACCCAUUGGGGCUACUUGGCUCAUUGCCACAACAGCUCGGGCACUCUCUUUCGUUGUACCUAGAGCAGACGUCGGCUCUGUUUCGGGCCGAGGUGAAGACCCGCAUCGAGAAGCGAGUGACUGCUGCUGCGGGCCAAGAUUUGCUGCAGCACAUGCAGAAGAAGACGCGGUUGCGGAGCUUGGACGACCUUCGCUCGGAAGCUCGGGCCGUCGUGCUGAGGGAGAUGGAGCAAAAGCUGGUUCUCUACAUGCAGGCGUACAACUGGGCCAGCUCGUCAGCCGAGGAAAGCGUUCGGUCAGGAGCAUCGCAACUGCCUCCGUACUUGAGGCACUUCUCGGCCGCUGCUUUCCACGCGCAGCAGCAGACGUCAUCCCAGGCGGAAGAGCAGGUCCCGGCCCAUUCUUUGCCACCAGUGGGCGGCUCUCGACCUCCUGAUUGUUAUAAAUUUGCUCAGCGUGACCCUCGGCCCAGCAAAAAUGUAUAG